AACAGCGGCAGCAAAUAGCAACACUGGCUGGUGGCACGUUUUCAAUGAAGUGUCUAAGGGUAUAAGCAGGAGCAAAAUAUUAUAAAGGAAACAAGGAUUUGUUUUGAUUGAUACAUCUACGUAAAUUGAGGUCAAUUAGUAUGGGCUGUUGACAUUUUAAUCCCAGUAAAACGGAAAACGUUUCUCCUGGAUCAGAAAGAUUAUUGGAAGAUAAACUAUUGAAAUGGAAGAAAUAAUAAAAGGGCUAGAAAAGAAUGGUCGAUUACGGGACACCUCUUGUGAAGCAGAGCUCCAGGAACUAUUGCAUCAAAUUGAUGUCAUGGUGAAUCGCAAAAAAGUUGAAUGGGAACAACGGUCACAUAGUCUUGAGACCCAGCUGCAAAUGUGUGAACAGGAACUGGCCAAUGCGCACACUUGCCUUGAUUCAAAACAACAUGAGGUGGAUAAGCUUCAUCAGCAGUUACAAGACUUUGAAAACUCUCAUGGAUUAAUGAUACAGAAGUAUGAAGAGCAGUUUAAUUCAUUGAAGUCCGAUCUCUAUCAGUUGCAUAGCACCUACGGAAAGCUGCAAAAACAUCAACUAAAGCAAGCCAAGGAGACAUUCAAGCAACAGCCCCAAAGUUCUGAUGCCAAAUUGAAUAAUUGGAAGCAGAUAGAAAUAUGUGAAUCAGAAAUAAAAUAUCUGAGGACUUGUGUGGCUUGUGCUCAGGAGACUAUCAGGAGUGAUGAGGCCAGCAUUGAACAAAUGAAGAGUACUAUUGAGCAAAAGACUACACAAGAAGAAUUGCACCAGGAGGAGCAGCAAAAUCUCUUGGAAAAGAUUAAAUGUUACCAGAAGAGAUGUCAGAAAAUGGAAUUAAAACUUUCGGACCUGCAAACGGAAUUGGAAUCACGAGAUGAUCUAUUACAAGUGAACCACUUGGAGCAGAAACAACUACGGAAGGAGCUCGCCAGGGUCAGACAAUCCAUAAUGCAAAAAGAUGAUUUCUCAAGAUCAAUGGAACUAACUAAUCUUGAAAUGGAACUGAAGAGCACUUUGAAACAACUCGAGGCAAGCAGUCAGACUGAAAUAGUGCUGCAGGAGGAGAUCAUGAGAUUAAAAGCAGAGCUUGAUUUAACACAUACGUAUUGCGAUCAGCAGAAGAAUGAGCUCAGCAGAAAAGACGAAGAGUUGCAAAUAUUGCAGAAUGAGUACAUGGAAGGGAACAAGGAAAUCAAUAAGUUGAGGAAUUGUCUUGGUGAGAAGGAGCAGUCACAUAGCUCUGAGAUGGUGGGAAUUAGAACGGAGGUCUCUAACCUCUCUACAGUGCUUGAUCAAAAAGAAAUAACCAUAGCAACUGUAACAGAGAAAACCGCUCAUCUGGAAAAGCAACUCAAAACUGAACAGGAAAACAGAGAUCAUAUAUCAGCUGAAUAUUGGGUGGCCAUGGACCAGCUUGAAUCUCUUAAAGCAGAGAAUAAACACUUAAAGGAAAUGUUGCAAACUUUGGAAGGUCAAAGAGCUAUGAUAGAAAAUAAUCAAUUGAAGGAACUUCAGAAUACUUAUGCAGCCUCUAUCCAUAAACUGGGUUAUGACAAUAAACUGUUACAGAAGGACUUGGUGAAAUUAAAGGCAGAACUAGAAAUGUCUACCAGGACUAGCCAGGAAAAGUAUGAAGCAGCUCUCCGCCAUACACAACAUGCUGUUACAGAGAUGAAAGAACAUGAAAGCAGGAGAGUUAAGAAAUUGCAACAGGAAAAUGAGAAGCAAAUGAGCACCGUGGAAAGCAAACUUGAAGAAACGAUACAACAUUAUGAAGAAAAAAUUAAAAACCUUCAGAAGAACAGCUUUAAUAUUUCUGCACCAUGCUUCAGGAGUACAGAAAGUAGAGAAUAUUCAUUGGAAAGAAACCUUGCACCCACAAAUAUAGCAGAUAACUCUUUUUUCCAUUGCAAUAAUGUUAAGAAUGAACCGUGUGCAGAUAAAAAUGAAUCUGAUUGUUCUCUAUGCACCGUCCUUACCCAAGAGAGCUCCCUGCCACUGACGCCCACAGAGAUAUCAGACACCUCUUCAGUAACAGAACAUUUCCUUGAAGAGGAAGAAGAACGGGCCCGAGUCCUGGAGAAAUUGCUUAAUUCCCACAUUAAUGAACUACAGGCGGAUUCAAAGCAUACACUUCAGAUAUAUGCAGGAACCAAAAUGGAUAUACCAGAUUCCAGAGCUUCAUGGUGUCAGUGCACAUGCCAAGAUAUCUGAAAUUGUGUUUUUCUCCUGGAUUUAUAUAUGCAGUACAAAGUAAAUUAAUUGAAGUGCAACAUUUGUUGUGGUUUGUGCCUGUAUGCAAAUACUGAAAACAAUGCACAUUUUGUUUUACAUAAUCCAUUAUUUCAUUAGUUCUGAGUUUCCAAAAGUAAAUUUUCUUAUGGUAAUAAUAUUUGGGUAUGUCAUGAAAGCAUUCCCAGCUAAUUUGAAAUUAAUUUUACAUUUAACUAUUAAUGUUCUUUAUAUUUCAUUGUCAUUCUUGAAUUGAAAAAUCAAUCCAUUUGGCUAAAUCACAAGGGUUCACAGGACAAUAAUGAAACUUUUGGGCUCCCUGAAAUUCAGUAUAUCGUUAAAACCUCAAACAUCCUAUAUCUUCCAAGAUAGACACAAAAUGCUGGAGUAACACAGUGGGACAGGCAGCAUCUCUGGAGAGAAGGAAUGUGUGACGUUUUGGGUCGAGACCCUUCAGACCGAUUAUUCCAGCAUUUUAUAUCUACCUUCGAUUUAAACCAGCAUCUGCAGUUCUUUCCUACACCUAUAUCUUCACCCAGGUAUAAUUUGGAGUUUGCAGUAGGAUGGAAUGGAAUACUUUGUCACGUGUGACAAGGCAGAGUGACAUUCUUUGAUUGCGUACGCAAUGUAUACAAAUAGCGGCCAUCUAAGGUGCUGACAAAGUUAGGUGAGCUUCUACCUCCAAAUUGCUUCUGAUAGUUUUGACAGCUAGCAAAACCCCAUCACCAGGUUAACAUGCUGAUACAUUUUUAAAACAAUUAAAAUUGAGAUGCAUUUAAAAUUCUAAACUAAAAAUAAUUAACGACCAAUGCCUAAAAGCACAUUUUAAAUAUUAAAUUAAAGCAAAACAAUUUAAGUAGUAACAAAAUAUCUUUUUUGCUUCCUGACCCUUUGCCCUUCAAACCCAACUGAAACCAAUGUAGUUUGAGGGUUUCAUAAAUUUGUGUUGGGCCUAACCCGGAAUAGGGCCCCGAGUUAUGAUACCUUAAUAUUAAGCAUCCCAAAUUUGUCAUAAGACUUCUCCAUUUGAUAGCAUAUACACAAAAUCCCUGACUUACCACUGUUUAAAUGGCUUGUCACCAGCAACUCAAUUAUUCAAUAUCACCAUUAGCCAGCAUGAUUUAGCCCAAGAGCUUACAAUUGUUUUUCUGUUGUAUUUUCUUAUCCUUUAAGUCCUACAUUUACUGAUUCUGUUCCUCAUGUUUCAUCUUUCUAAUGCCACGGUCUUCACUCCUAAUGUUGUUUCCCACUGCUCUCGUUCAAUCUUAGCACCAGUCACUUUUCAUUAUUAAGUCCACUAUCUGUCCCUCACUGAACACUCUGCUCAAUCACUGAACCUCCCCAUUCCAAUCAUCCUUUAUUAAUCCAUCAUCCACUCUACACAUCCCAUGAGAGAAAGCCUAUCUUCUUCCUUUCUUCGUCCUAUCAUCGCUCCCACUUUGCAAUUAUUUUCCCUCAUAAGAAUUGUUUUACCAAAUUCAGCUUUUUAAAACGAAUAAGAUACAGUGGCCAGAAAUUCCUGCAACUGAUGGACCAGAGGAAGAAUAAAAUGAUAGGACAUCCAUUCAAAAAAACUCAUACUGUAUGUCUGAACAAAUUGCACAAAGUAGAAAAAACACGGUCUGUGCUACUGGCUUAAUAAUGCCAAAGUAUUUGGAAAAUUGUAUAUACAACAUAGUCCAAAUUCAGAUCACAUAGUGUAUAGAAUAAAGAAAUGUCAAGCCUAUCUCUGGUCCUCUGGGAAUAUCUGUAAAGUACAAAUGUUAAUGGACAUAGAAAGAUAAAAGGGAGUUCAUCUGAAAUAGGUAACUUUUAAGAUCUCAUUUGAAAAUAAAUAUUUUUAAUUUGAUAAGAAAUAAGCAGUGCCAUCAAUUUCUGAACGCAAUUUCAGUGAUUGUGAGAAUCUCAGAUUUUUGUUUAGUAGUUUCCAAAAUGGCUUACAAAAGAAUA